AUGACAAGAAACGCUGCCGAAAGCUUCAACAAGGUGACAGAAGAAUUCAGAAAAUAUCCAGUAACUAUUUUGGUUGACUUCAUCAGGUUCACACUUCAAAAUUGGUUUGCUUCUCGUCUCGAAAAGGCUAGUAAGUGCGCUACUCCUUUGGCUACUACUUUUGAAAAUGAUUUAAAGGAUCAACACAAAGAUGGUAUGUUCAGGAGUGUCCUUCGUAAUGGUGCCCAAUUGUUCAACGUUGGUACGAGUCCUCAAGGUGAGAGAGGUGGUGAUGUGAACUUAGUGGAGAGAACAUGCACUUGCGGACUUUUCCAAAUGCUGAAAAUCCCUUGUCCACAUGCAUGUGUCGCAGCAGUUAGUCAGAAUGUGAGCGUGUACACACUUUGCUCUCCAUAUUACACUAAAGAAACGUGGAAGAAAACCUACGAUGCCACAAUUAAUAUUGUUGGCGAGGAGGAUGAGUGGGUACUACCGGAACAUAUCAAGAACAUAAGAAUCGGGGUACCAGUGGAGAAAAAACCAGUAGGUCGGCCUAGGAAGAGCAAUGCAGGUAGAAGACCGACGAAGCGUCGACCGUCUAGUGGUCAGGUGGUAGUGGAACCUCGUCAUUGUUCGCUAUGUCACGGUUCAGGGCACAACAGAGCUACAUGCAAAGCUCGAGUUUGA